UUAUAAGGUAAACAGCUGUGGAAAAAGCGCGCUUGGCCAAAAGUGAAGUAGCGGAUGAUUGUGUGUUCUUCGACCUGCUAGCGCGUGGAUUUGUGCAGAUUGACGGGUAAUUCGAGUGCAGCUAGUUGCCCGCUAAAUAUUUAAAAAAAGAUCGAAAAGCACAAAGGCAAGCAAUUAAAUAAAAAGAAGUGAAGUUGACAUUGAAGUCGCGGCGCGUGUGUGUGUGGGUGUGUGUUUGAGCUUGUGCUGGUGUGCAAAAUUCUUUUGUGCUCUGUUUUUCUGUGCAUAAAAUAAUUGCGAAAGAAGGAGAAGAUUUUCAGCUAAAAACAUCGCUAAACGAAAAGAAGCCAGAGGAGGAUCCGACCGAAAAAUAAACGCAUUGGAUUGCAAUUUCUGCUGGCCCAGCGAGAAACAGAACAAAUAAGCGCAGAAGGAGCCACCAAGAAGUCGAGUACACAUCUCCAAAAUGGUGGACUACUAUAAAGUUUUGGAUGUGGCGCGCUCAGCUACCGACAGUGAAGUGAAAAAGGCAUAUCGAAAAUUAGCACUGAAAUGGCACCCAGACAAGAAUCCCGACAACCUGGAUGAAGCCAACAAACGCUUCCGCGAGCUGUCCGAAGCCUACGAAGUCCUGUCCGAUGCACGUAAGCGCAGGAUCUACGAUGCCCGUGCCACGCUGCACAAAUCUUCGGCCACCGGAAGCAGCAGCAGCUCCUAUUCCCGCUACCGCAGUGGUAGCGGUGGAUCAUCGUCCUACGGUCGGGACUACGACUACGAAUACUAUCCGAGCUCGGGCUACGGAUCCGGAUCCGGUUCCGGCCGACGGUCCGGCAACCGCUACCAGGCCUUCACCUUCCGCAACAUUUUCGAGGGCACUCCGUUCCACAAGUUGUUCGAGAAGAAGCGUCGCAUCUACGACGAGUACGGCAAAGAUGGACUGGGUGAACGUGGCCAGAGCCGCUCGCAUACCCGCCACCAUUAUAACACACACGAUUUCGAUGACUUCGAUAUUAUGGGCGGCUUUCCGUUCGUCUUCCGACCGCCCGAGGAGGUGUUCCGCGAGUUCUUCGGCGUCAACUCGCCCUUCGCCGACUUUUUCAGAGAUGCCAACGGAUAUUCGAAUGGAAGCACGAGCGGCUCGAGCAGCAGUCGACGCCAUGGCGGCAGCGGUGGAGCGUCUCGCCACCAUCAUCACCACCAGCACAAAUUGGCCAGCCCGUUCGGGGCUCCCAUGCUCAACUACUCCAUGAUGGACUUCUUCAUGCCCACCAGCGGCUUCACCUCGUUCUCCUCGAUGACCAGCGGCAAUGGCAGCAGCGGCGUCACCCACAUCUCCAGUGGCCCCAGCGCCGGUGUCAAGCGCACCUCCACCUCGACGGUGUUUGUCAAUGGCAAGAAACUGAUGACCAAGCGGGUCGUCGAAAACGGCAAGGAAACGGUCUUUUCAUAUGAAAAUGAUGUCCUUAAAUCAAAGACUGUGAAUGGAGUUUCCCAAAAGCUCUCUUCAAUAGCUAAUUAAUAGAACCCACACAUAUAAAUAUAUAUAUAUCAAUAUCAGCAUCAGCACCGGCGUUUGCCGCAACAACAGUAACAGCAACAAAAAUCAACAAAGAAAAAGUCAUAAAUGUAAAGCAGAAUAUUAACAAACCAAGAAGAACUCGGAUUUCUUAAAUGCUUCGAUAUAUGAUACGUUUAACCAUUUUGUUCUACAUUAGAAUUUAAUUACUUUUAAUGGAACGAGGAGCAGCAUAAAUGGAUCAGCAGCCAGCGGAG